AUGGCCUACGACGGCAGAAACGGAGACGGCGUCACCGCCGCUGACUGCUACGCUCAUCAGCACCGCCGUGAUAUCAAACGAGCAGGAGACUCAAGUGAAAAUCUAGACUCAAUUAGCUCUUUGCCCGAUGUGCUUAUCCAACAGAUCCUCUCCUUUCUCCCGACUAAAGUAGCCAUUAGAACUUCGGUCUUGUCCAGACGAUGGAGGCAUGUAUGGCCCAAUACACCUUCCUUGUCCUUUGAUUUUGAAGGAUUUCGUAAUAUACGGAAUCCAGCUGAUUUCAUAAACGAAACCCUAGCUCGCUACACGGCUCGUAAGAUGAUGAGAUUUCACCUCGAUUCCUACCACGUGAGAGACUGUCCUCCUGAUCACGACCUGAACAAGUGGAUCGAGUUCGCUCUGUCCCGAAACGUUGAGAAUUUGUCGCUACAAUUCUCCGUUAGUCAUUCCCUCGAGUACAGUAUUCCUGAUUUUUUUUACACCAAUUCUUCGGUUAAGCAACUCAAUAGAAAUCAUCUCAUUACAAGAUGCUCCGUGUCUUGGACAUCAUUGAAGAAACUUUCAUUGCAUUCUUGCUAUAUCUCUGAAGAAUCCCUUGCCAAGAUUCUAUGUGGUUGUCCGAUCCUCGAAAUAUUAAGAUUGUAUUGCCUAAGUCAACCAACGUUUCUUGAUCUCAGCAAGUCACCGCGUCUGAGAGUUUUGAAAAUCAAGCGUCGCCUUUUGGUUACAGGGGCAACACUUAUUGUUGCACCACAUAUACAUGACCUCAGAUUGACAAACUCUCAGUUACCUUGUACCUUAGUUGAUGUCUCGUCUUUAACCAAAGUUAAACUAGACAUUGACUUCUGUCAAGUUAAGGAAGAACUCGACGCUCUUUUUCUUCAAAUCAUGGCGCUAGAAAUGCUAGAGAAAUUGAAGAAUGUACAGAAGCUUACUUUUGGGGAAAACUUUCUUAAGAUUUUAUCCCUUGUGGAACUUCGAGGUGUUUCUUUACCGAUAUUCAAGGUUCAGGUUUUGACGCUUAGGACAACUAUCUCCCAGUAUGUAAUUCAUGGGAUAGUAAGGGUGCUACAAAACUCACCUCAACUAAAGAAGCUAACCCUACUACAUAGUUGGAAAUGUGGCUUCAUACCGGAAGAUCUUCUUGACUACUACUUGGAAGCGCAUAGUUUGAAUCAAAAUCGAUGCUGGAUCCUUGGCGAAACUUGGCCACUAGAGUCAAAGGUUGUGGCUUCGUUCAUGAAAAUUAUGCUGCAAAACACAAAGACAUUAGAGAAGAUGGUCGUAAUUGGAUUGAAAGGUUAUUGUCCUAAAGGAAAAGCUUUUGAAGAGUUGCUUCAAAUGGAUCCAAUGCCCUCACACGACAACAAUGUGGCCAUUGUGUUCACCUAA